AUGGAGAAAUUUGGAAUAUGUGUUACUUUUCUAUUCUUUCUUUUGAUUCUAUGUUGUAAUGCUUUUAGUAUGGUGGAUGAAGAGGCAUUAGAGGAUGACCAAAAUCAUGUAGAAAAAUCUUUCACAAACUAUUGGAGUGAAAUAAUGUCGGAUAUUGAAGAUGACGAAUGGCAAAUGGUGAAGACGAAAGGAAACCAGUUUGUGGUGAAUGAUCAACCUUUCUAUAUAAACGGGUUCAACACAUAUUGGUUGAUGAUGUUUGCUGCAGAUAACUCCACCAGAGGAAAAGUCAGUGAUGUCUUCAAACAAGCAUCCUCGAUAGGUAUGACAGUUUGUAGAACUUGGGCUUUCAAUGACGGCCAAUGGCGAGCCCUACAGAAAUCACCUUCAGUUUAUGAUGAAGAAGUUUUCAAGGCAUUGGACUUUGUGGUAAGUGAAGCAAAGAAAUACAAAAUCAGGUUGAUAUUAUCAUUGGCUAACAAUUGGGAGGCAUAUGGCGGUAAAGCACAGUAUGUGAAAUGGGGCAAUGAUGUUGGCCUUAACUUGACCUCUGAUGAUGACUUUUUCUCACAUCCAACUCUUAGAAGCUACUAUAAGGCCCAUGUUAAGACUGUGCUCAAUAGAGUUAACACGUUCACAAACAUCACUUAUAAGGAAGAUCCUACCAUUUUUGCCUGGGAAUUGAUGAAUGAGCCUAGAUGCAACUCAGAUCCCACAGGUGAUAAAUUACAGGAUUGGAUACAAGAAAUGGCAUUCCAUGUGAAGAAAAUUGAUCCGAAACACCUAGUGGAGAUUGGACUAGAAGGAUUUUACGGCCCCUCAACGCCGCAGAGACUUCAGUUCAAUCCAAAUACUUACGCUCAACAGGUUGGAACUGAUUUUAUCAGGAACCACCAAGUUCUUGGUGUGGACUUCGCUUCUGUUCACAUGUAUGCCGACUCUUGGGUUUCACCGCAAAUUUCUGAUACACAUAUCUCGUUUGUGAAAUCAUGGAUGGAGGCACACAUAGAGGAUGCUGAAAAGUAUCUUGGAAUGCCGGUUAUUUUUUCUGAGUUUGGUGUAUCAUCCAAAGAUCCUGGCUACAAUUCAACAUAUAGAGACACACUAAUAAGCACUGUUUACAGUUCCAUUCUAAACUCGACAAAGAAAGGAGGGAGUGGAGCUGGAAGCCUAUUGUGGCAGGUUUUUCCUGACGGAACUGAUAGUAUGGAUGAUGGUUACGCAAUCGUUUUCUCAAAAUUUCCUUCCACUUCAAGUAUUGUAUCUCGUCAGUCUUAUAGGCUUGGUUUGUUCAACUCAUUGUGCUCUUCCAAAUGCCAAUGGAGUUGUAAGAAGAAAAAGUUAUUGAAGAAGAUACUCUUUCAUGAAGAAUUCUAA